AUGGCGGGGUCGGGACGCUAAGGUUCUGGGUGGCGGGGCUGCUAGACACCCGAGGCUUCCUGGGCGCCUCGGCCUCCUGGGCCCUGCGCGCUGGGGCGGGCUUUCGGGCCGGAUCGCUGCCGGUAUCGCCUGAUUCUCGCACGGAAAGCGCGACUCCCAUCUCGGCCCUUCCUGGGGUGGCCCAUCCCCUCGAGCUGACCUCUCGAGGUGACUGGAGAGUCGUCUUUUCCAGUGCCUAGGACGCCCCGAUGGCCCUUCGGCGGAAGACCAGUUCUUGGCGUGAGAGGGCUCGGGCUCCAGCCCCCACGCCGCCACCCUCCUGGGAAGUCACUUUUCCUUCCUGAGCCUGAGUUUCCCCGUCUGUACUGUGGGUCUCAGGAAUUGGGUUAAUUAGCGGGAGGACGCGCUCGAUGUCUGCAGGUGGGGCUCAAAUCUGACCCCGCAGCAUCAGGUGGGCUCAGUCGAGGGCUCAGAGGAGCCUGCCAGCCCGGUCUCUGUUGGGAAAUGUUCUGCGUGCCAUCGAGGCCCCCGAAUCCCUGGGGGAUAGUUCUUCUGGCGGGCAGGUGCUUUGCCGGGCUCUGCUGAACAGCCGCUACACCUUUAGCUCGUCAGAGCAAUUGGAUAAGAUACUGCGCAUUGACCAGCACGGCAGAAGCUUCCCUUGUGCCUCCUCCCCCACUCGCGACCCUUGACCCAAAGUUUCGUGAUCAGCAUGGGGGACUCCAACGUGGAUACUGGCACCACCACGUCCGAGAUGGUGGCUGAAGAAGUGUCCCUUUUCAGCGCCACAGACAUGGUCCUGUUUUCUCUCAUCGUGGGUCUCCUGACCUACUGGUUCAUCUUCAGAAAGAAAAAAGACGAAGUCCCCGAAUUCACCAAAAUUGAGACCACGACCUCCUCCGUCAAAGACAGCAGCUUCGUGGAAAAGAUGAAGAAGACGGGCAGGAACAUCAUCGUGUUCUACGGCUCCCAGACGGGGACGGCGGAGGAGUUCGCCAACCGCUUGUCCAAGGACGCCCACCGCUACGGGAUGCGGGGCAUGGCCGCGGACCCCGAGGAGUAUGACCUGUCUGACCUGAGCAGCCUGCCAGAGAUCGAGAACGCCCUGGCAGUGUUCUGCAUGGCCACCUACGGCGAGGGGGACCCCACUGACAAUGCCCAGGACUUCUACGACUGGCUGCAGGAGGCAGACGUGGACCUCUCUGGAGUCAAGUAUGCGGUAUUCGGCCUUGGGAACAAGACCUACGAGCACUUCAAUGCCAUGGGCAAGUAUGUGGACAAGCGGCUGGAGCAGCUCGGGGCCCAGCGGAUCUUUGAUCUGGGGCUGGGCGACGACGACGGCAACCUCGAGGAGGACUUCAUCACGUGGCGAGAGCAGUUCUGGCCAGCCGUGUGCGAGCACUUCGGCGUGGAAGCCACUGGAGAGGAGUCCAGCAUCCGCCAGUAUGAGCUCGUGGUCCACACAGACAUGGACACGGCCGUGGUGUACACGGGCGAGAUGGGGCGCCUGAAGAGCUAUGAGAACCAGAAGCCCCCCUUUGACGCCAAGAACCCGUUCUUGGCUGUCGUCACCACCAACCGGAAGCUGAACCAGGGGACCGAGCGACACCUCAUGCACCUGGAACUGGACAUCUCAGAUUCCAAAAUCAGGUAUGAAUCUGGGGACCACGUGGCUGUGUACCCGGCCAACGACUCUGCCCUGGUCAACCAACUUGGCGAGAUCCUGGGCACCGAUCUGGAUAUCGUCAUGUCCCUGAACAAUCUUGACGAGGAGUCCAACAAGAGGCACCCGUUCCCCUGCCCCACCACCUACCGCACGGCCCUCACCUACUACCUGGACAUCACCAACCCGCCGCGCACCAAUGUGCUCUACGAGCUGGCCCAGUACGCCUCCGAGCCCUCGGAGCAGGAGCAGCUGCGCAAGAUGGCCUCGUCCUCCGGCGAGGGCAAGGAGCUGUACCUGAGCUGGGUGGUGGAGGCCCGGAGGCACAUCCUGGCCAUCCUGCAGGACUACCCGUCCCUGCGGCCCCCCAUCGACCACCUGUGCGAGCUGCUGCCGCGCCUCCAGGCCCGCUACUACUCCAUCGCCUCGUCCUCCAAGGUGCACCCCAACUCCGUGCACAUCUGCGCCGUGGUGGUGGAGUAUGAGACCAAGUCAGGCCGCGUCAACAAAGGCGUGGCCACCAGCUGGCUACGGGCCAAGGAGCCGGCCGGCGAGAACGGCCGCCGGGCCCUGGUGCCCAUGUUCGUGCGCAAGUCCCAGUUCCGCCUGCCCUUCAAGGCCACCACGCCCGUCAUCAUGGUGGGCCCGGGCACCGGGGUGGCCCCCUUCAUCGGCUUCAUCCAGGAGCGCGCCUGGCUGCAGGAGCAGGGCAAGGAGGUGGGGGAGACGCUGCUCUACUACGGCUGCCGCCGCUCUGACGAGGACUACCUGUACCGCGAGGAACUGGCCCAGUUCCACGCGAAGGGCGCCCUCACCCGGCUCAGCGUGGCCUUCUCCCGAGAGCAGCCCCAGAAGGUCUACGUGCAGCACUUACUCAAGAGGGACAAGGAGCACCUGUGGAAGCUGAUCCACGACGGGGGCGCCCACAUCUACAUCUGCGGGGACGCUCGGAACAUGGCACGGGACGUGCAGAACACCUUCUGCGACAUCGUGGCUGAGCAGGGCCCCAUGGAGCACGCCCAGGCUGUGGACUAUGUCAAGAAGCUGAUGACCAAGGGCCGCUACUCCCUGGACGUGUGGAGCUAGGAGCCGCCGGCCGCCGCCUCUGCCCUCACGCCCCAGACUCGCUCCCCAUCCUAAUCACUUCCUCACUCUCUUCUGCCAGCCGCCCCGGGGAGGGGCGUCUGCUGGGCUCUGCCCAGGGAGGCAGUCCCGGAGAUGAGAAGGAGAUGGCUCCAGGCCCAAGUUGUGCCUCCCGCCCCCGCCCCCGGGGGCGUGGCCGGGGUGACAGGCCUGAGGUUUGAUGAACACCCGGGGUCCUCCGGGGCUGAACAGAAGGGGCUCCUCUCAGCUGAGUGGGGCCUGGCCUCCCUGUGAUUUUCAAUGAGUGUAAAUAAUUUUAAAUAAGCUCCGGCCCUUGGAAUAAAGUUCUGUUUUCUGUA